CACCCUCUGUCCUCCAGUUUCCCUUACCUCGGCCAAACUACAGAUGCACAGAUAUGCGGGGGAAAUGUCCACUUCAGGCAGGCUUCAUGUCACCUCCACUGGUCCAGGAAUCUGUGACCCAGCACAAAAAUGUUUAAUUUCUCCUCUGGUUUCCUGCCACAUGGCCCAUGGACAUGGACAUGAACAUGGUCCUAGUAAAAUGGAACUUCCAGAUUAUAAACAAUGGAAGAUAGAAGGGACACCAUUAGAAACUGUCCAAGAGAAACUGGCUGCACGAGGACUAAGGGAUCCAUGGGGCCGCAAUGAAGCUUGGAGAUACAUGGGUGGCUUUGCAAAUAAUGUUUCCUUUGUUGGAGCAUUAUUAAAAGGAUUCAAGUGGGGAUUUGCUGCAUUUGUGGUAGCUGUAGGGGCUGAAUAUUACCUGGAGUCCCAGAAAAAAGAUAAGAAACAUCACUGAAGAUAAUACCUGGAAAUAUCUUUUAAUGUCUUAACUUUCUUAUAAAAAUAUUUCUUCACCGUAGCCUACUCACCUAUGUGUUUAUUCCUUAAGGAAUGCUAGUAAGAUUUAAUAAAAUAAGAAAACAUG